AUGGAGACAGGAGACAGCAGGCAGGAGAGAGGAGACAGCAUAAAGGAGACAGCAGACAGGAGAGAAGAGACAGGAGACAGGAGACAGCAGGCAGGAGACAGGAGGCAGGAGAGAGGAGACAGCAUAGAGGAGACAGGAGACAGGAGAGAAGAGACAGGAGACAGGAGAGAGGGGGCAGGAGAGAGGAGACAGCAUAGAGAAGACAGGAGACAGGGGGCAGGAGAGAGGAAACAGGAGAGAAGAGACAGCAGACAGGAGACAGGAGACAGGGGGCAGGAGAGAGGAGACAGGGGGCAGGAGAGAGGAGGCAGCAUAGAGGAGACAGGGGGCAGGAGAGAGGAGACAGGAGAGAAGAGACAGCAGACAGGAGACAGGAGACAGGGGGCAGGAGACAGCACACAGAAGAGAAGAGACAAGAGACAGGAGACAUCAGACAGGAGACAGCAGAGAGGAGACAGGAGACAGCAGACAGGAGACAGGAGACAGAAGAGAAGAGAGAGGAGACAGAAGAGAGGAGACAGGAGAGAAGAGAGAAAGGAGACAGUAGAUAAAGGAGAAGCAAAAGAAAGGAGACAGGAGAAAGGAGACAGGAGAAAGGAGACAAAAAAUAAAAUACAGUUUCUUAUAAAGCAAAGACACCGCAGACACUGA